GGGUAUAAGAGAUGCGCCCAACAUCUAUGUCGACAUCAGUUUUUCACCGGUCGCGUCAAGAGUGUAAUUCUGGAGAAACGAAUUAUAAGAGAUUCAACGACAUGGUUAAAUGGUAUCUGGUUGUGAUUUUAGCUACAAUUGUGGUCGGUGCAUUGGCCUCUUCUGAGCAACAAGGUGAUGAGAUAAUGAACGAAGACCAGAUGCUUUCGAGAAUGAUAAGAUCUGCGGACCCACUCGCAGAUCCUCAUCACCGUCGCAGGGGAUAUCAUGGAGGUGGCCAUGGAUAUUACAGAGGUGGUGGAUACUACAAAGGUGGUGGAUACUACGGUGGGCGCCAUGGAUAUUAUGGAUAAAUCCAUACGAAUCUACGAAUCGAGAAUAGCUAUUUGCUGUUUUAGUAAUGUUGAUGGCCUUUGCAUAAGAAUAAAGGAUUUUUCUCUGGAUGCGAUUCAUAAUGGAUUUAUCAAUCAAAUUAAUAAUGAUGCAUGUAGCAACAGUAGAGAUUUUUCCAACCGUUUUUCACAGAAAGCAAAAUAAUAUAAUCACCACAUUAUGCACAAAUCGCGAAUAAUAUUAUCAAUGCUUCUUAGCAUUCAUUCUGGAAUUUCUCGGUAUUCAUAAGUUGACGUAUCAUCGCCUCGUUUGUUAUUUCACGAAAUACUUCGACUUAUUAUGGUAGAAUAAAUCAGGCGGCUAGAUUCGUUCUUGCCAUUAGAUAGUGAUUCAAAAGAAUAAAAAUAUCAUUCCAUAUUGUUUUUUAUGUGUAAAUAAAGUGGAGAUAAUGAAGUGAAAGAAUAA